CCACUCUGGGACAGUCUCACGCUGUUAGGAUCUUUCUUUGACCAGUCUUCUUUUACUAGAGACCGGGUCAGUGUAACACGGUAGUCUAGACCUACAUUAUAAAUAAAGUAAAUAAGUGUUUACAUAAAUUUAUUCUGGGUUCACAGACAGGUCAUCAGCAUGCCCAAAAUCAAGAGACCAGAGGAUGGCAUUCCCGCUAAGUGUGUGUGGUUUGACCGUAAGAAAUACGUCAUAGUAAACUUCAGCAUUCAGCAGCCACGAGAUAUUCAGUGUGAGAUCACAGAUGACUAUGUAAUCCUAUGUUGUAAAGAUGUGGAUGACAACAUCAUUUACAACGAAAUUCAUUUUUAUGACAAAGUCAUGAGACAUGACUCCAGAGAGAGGCCGUAUGAUCGCACAGUCAACCUGCUGCUAAGGAAGCAAACACCGGAUAAGGCAUGGCCAAGGCUCACCAAAGACACCGCCAGGCCCAGCUGGAUGGCAGUAGAUUUUGACAACUGGAGAGAUUGGGAGAAUGAAGAAGAUGAUGGCAGGGAAGAGUUUGAGUACUACGCAGAAAUGAUGCAAGAUCUACAGAAAAAAGGGGCGCCACCUUCAAUGGAUGACCUUGACUUUGAUGAUGACUGACUCUGGGUCUGAUAAAUGAUCACCAAAAAUGUCAUUGGCUUCCUCUUAAAACCCAGUGAGACUGCAAAACAAUCUAAAUCAGUACACCUAUCAAACAGAUAAAUUUGAAUGAUAUUUCCCUAUUCUUGCUUUUGUGUUACUGAUGAACUGAAGCAUCAUUUUCUACCUGUUCGUCUUUCGUUUGCCAAAGUGUUUUGGCUGAAAUUGACUAACUUGUGAUGUGUGCUGUUUCUUCUUAUUACUGUAAUGUGCUAUUUAAGACAAUUUUAUUUGAUAAAAUCUUGUAAAUAAACUUUCUUUUGUUUUCUGUUACAUAA